AUGUUUAAUUAUGCAAGUUAUUUAGAAUUUUAUUCUAAUAAUCAAAUUGAUUCUUGGGUUUAUUUUUGGUAUUCGGGAACUCAUGAUAAAUAUCUAAAUAUCUCUCUUCAAAAAUUUAAAAUACAAUCGAUACAAUCGGCUAUUAAAAUGAUGUUGCUGAGAAGUUGUAAAAAUAUUAAACAUCUGGAUAUUUUCGAAUCCGAAAUAUAUUCUAAUUCUUUACCUUAUCCAUUCACAAAAAAAAUAUCUUCUUCUGGCAUUGACAAUACUAAUAAUAUUGAAAAUACCAAUAUCGAAAAUACAAAUAAUAUCGUCAAUACAAAUACGAAUAAUACAAAUAACACAAAUAAUAUAAAUAAUAUUGAUAUCUAUAAAAUUUAUAAUAUUAAUAACAUUUCACUCUCAUUAAAUUUGUCGAAAUUGGAUUUUUUGUUCUUUUCAUCUAAAGAUAUUGAAACUACUAAUAAAUUUGUAAUCAAACUUUCCAAUCAAUGUAGAAAAAUUUUAUAUAUGAACUUGUUAAUUAGUGGAAAAAUAUUUCCUCCAGAAUUACAUGAUUCUUUAACAAAAUUAAUUGAUUCCCAAAUAAAACUUGAAGAAUUUGGAUUACGUUUUCGUUAUAGAAAUCAUCUUACACGACCCCACAUUAUAAAUUUAGAAUCACACGCCAACACUUUAAAAAAAUUACAAUUAAUUGACAUUGAUUUCACGGGAUUUUCAUUUAAUAAUUUAAAAGUAUUAAGAAAUUUAGAAGUAUUAUCAAUUCAUUAUUGUUUGGGUUUUUUUGAGGAGGAGAAAAGUUAUCGAUCAUCCGAAAAUAUUUUUCCUAAAUUACAAAAAUUGGAAUUAAUUAAAAAUCAUAAAGCAAUAGAUCAAAAAUUUAUUUAUAUAAAAUUAGAUUCGUUAAAAACUUUAAUAUAUAUAAACAAUCAUGAAAACGAAUUCAUUAAAAGAGUUGUGACUAUUAUUAGUCAUAAUUGCACAAAUCUAAUUACAUUAUGUUGUUUAAUAGUUGAAAUCGAAAUCACGUCAGAAAUUAGUAAAUUGCAACAUCUUCAACAACUUCAAUUGGGUGGUGAAACUUAUUUCCCGGAAGAUUUAUUAAUAUUAGUAGAAAAUUUACCGAAAUCUUUAAUAAUUCUUAACUUAUUAAAUAUUUAUUCAUAUGAUCAUUUAAAAUUUAACAAUUUUAUCAAAAAAUGUAAUGUUCACCUAGAGGUCUUAAUAUUACCGUUUGAAAUUAAAUUGAAUCUUCUUAUAGAAUUAAAAAAUUACAUAAAGAAAUUUAAAUGUCUGAAAGAUAUAAAAAUUACUAGAAUCUACGAAUCAGGUAUUGACGAUAAAGAGAUGCUUGAUUUAUUUAAUGAGGAAGGAAUUAAAUAUACAACAAGAAAUUUAAGAAAACCUUUACAAUCUCCUAGUUUUCCUCUUUAA